CCAUCAACAAGGAGGGUGUCUUUUAGCCCUGGUUUGGGGGCCUUGGAGCCCAGGGGUCCUGGGGAGAGGCUGGAGUAGACAGGAGUCAGGGGCUCAUUCAAGCCCACACAAGCAGUAAGUAAGAUAGAGACCAGGGGAGUCUGGGUCCAAAACAGAGAAAUGGCCAGAGUGGUGCUGACUCCCCCGACCCAGCCCUGUUCAGCCUGCCUGGGCCCCACUUCCCAGGCUGAGUCCCCAGAGGACCCCUCCUACUCUUUAUUUCAUUCCCUUCCUCAGAGGCAGGUCUGCGGCUUGGCUGGGAGCUCCAGGCACUGAGGGAGCACAGCAGCUGUGGGACAGGCCACAUAGCUAAAACCCGGCGGGCCAUAGGGCCCUGCGGAGGAGACCCCAGCAGGCGGACCAGGCUGCCCGAAACCUCCCAAAGCUCCCAGCCUGUUGCUUAUUCAUUCAGAGUGGGAAAGCGCCAGCCCGCGGGCAGCCAGUGCCCAGCUGCCCCAGUAAGACCCCCAGGCGGUCCUGCCCGGUGCCCUGCAGAGAGCCUCUUGCAGUCCUGGGCACCGCCCCUGCCCUGCCCUGACCCCUUGGCCUCGAAAUGCUGUCAUCGGAGGAGCCUUCCCGCUCGGACCAAGGCCAGGAUGGACAAAGCUAGAGCUGGGGCAGGCAAGGAGCCAUCCUGUCCUCGAGGCCGUGGGAAGAGAAGCACGCACAGUCUGAGAGCCUCUCGGUCCGCCAGGCCUCUGCAGAGGGGCCACCAUGGCUCUGGCCCGAACCGGCUGGCAGCUGGGAGCCCUGGUGUGGGGCGCUUGCCUCUGCGUCCUGGUGCACGGGCAGCAGGCCCAGCCGGGGCAGGGCUCAGACCCGGGGCGCUGGCGACAGCUGAUCCAGUGGGAGAAUAACGGGCAGGUGUACAGCCUGCUCAACUCGGGCUCCGAGUACGUGCCUGCAGGACCUCAGCGCGGCGAGAGUAGCUCCCGAGUGCUUUUGGCGGGCGCCCCCCAGACCCCGCAGCGGCGCAGCCAAGGAGGCCCCCGGCGGCGGCAGGCCCCUUCGCUGCCCCUGCCCGGGCGCGUCGGCUCAGACACUGUGCGCGGCCAAGCGCGGCACCCGUUCGGCUUCGGCCAGGUGCCCGACAACUGGCGCGAGGUGGCCGUCGGGGACAGCACGGGCAUGGCCCGGGCCCGCACCUCGGUUUCCCAGCACGGGGGCUCCACCUCCUCGGUCUCGGCCUCGGCCUUCGCCGCCACCUCCUACCGCCAGCCACCCUCCUUCCCGCAGCAGUUCCCCUACCCGCAGGCGCCCUUCGUCAGCCAGUACGAGACCUAUGAUCCCGUGGCGCGGACCUACGACCAGGGCUACGUGUACUACCGCGGCGCGGGCGGCGGCAUGGGCGCGGGGGCUGCGGCCGUGGCCUCGGCGGGAGUCGUCUACCCCUUCCAGCCGCGGGCGCGCUACGAGGAGUACGGCGCGGGCGAGGAGCAGCCUGAGUACUCGCCGCAGGGCUUCUACCCGGCCCCGGAGAGGCCCUACGCGCCGCCGCCGCCGCCCGCCGACGGCCUAGACCGCCGCUAUUCGCACAGCCUGUACCACGAGAGCGCCGCGGGCUCCGAGCAGGCCCACCCCGACCCGAGCCCCGACGCCGCGCAGGCCAACGGCGGCGCCUACGGCGGCGACCCGCGCCUCGGCUGGUACCCGCCUUAUGCCAACGUUCCGCCCGAGGCCUACGUCCCGCCGAGGGCCGUGGAGCCGCAGCCCCCGUUCCGCGUGCUGGAGCCGCCGUACCUACCGGUGCGCAGCUCCGAUGCGCCCCCGGCCGUGGGGGAGCGCAACGGCGCGCAGCAGGGCCGUCUCAGCGUGGGCAGCGUGUACCGGCCCACCCAGAACGGCCGAGGUCUCCCUGACUUGGUCCCAGACCCCAACUACGUGCAAGCUUCCACUUACGUCCAGAGAGCCCACCUGUACUCCCUGCGCUGCGCAGCAGAGGAGAAGUGCCUGGCCAGCACAGCCUAUGCCCCAGAGGCCACCGACUACUCCGUGAGGGUACUGCUGCGCUUCCCCCAGCGUGUGAAGAACCAGGGCACGGCAGACUUCCUCCCCAACCGGCCGCGGCACACCUGGGAGUGGCACAGUUGCCACCAACAUUACCACAGCAUGGACGAGUUCAGCCACUAUGACCUGCUGGAUGCAGCCACAGGCAAGAAGGUGGCCGAGGGCCACAAGGCCAGCUUCUGCCUGGAGGACAGCACCUGCGACUUCGGCAACCUCAAGCGCUACGCGUGCACCUCACACACGCAGGGCCUGAGCCCCGGCUGCUAUGACACUUACAACGCGGACAUCGACUGCCAGUGGAUUGACAUCACUGACGUACAGCCCGGGAACUACAUCCUCAAGGUGCAUGUGAACCCCAAGUACAUCGUUUUGGAGUCUGACUUCACCAACAAUGUGGUGAGAUGCAACAUCCACUACACAGGCCGCUAUGUUUCUACAACAAACUGCAAAAUUGUCCAAUCCUGAUUGGAGAGGGUGGACCGACAGCCAACCCCCCCCACUUCCCAAGGCAGGUCCUGCUCCCCAGGCAGCCUCCCAUCAGGACAAACCUGGCCCAAGGGGCACAGCCCCCACCCCCAGAGGCAGGGGCCGUGGGACACAGGGACAUCCCUCCCUGCCGGCCUCAGGGAGCGAACAUGGACCGAAACCACAGGGAUUCCGGAUGCCAGGCCCAAUGUCGUACUUAACUUUUCUCUACCGCGUUAUUUUGUCGGUUGUUGGUUUUUAUUUUUUAUAUUUUGGGCAUACCACAGAGCAAGAUUGCCCAGACCUGGGCUGAAUAAAACAAGG